UAAUGUUUGAUCGUUUGUGUGUUUUAUUCGACUCUAAUAUACUCUGAGCCAUGAAAACGAUGUUUCAUUGAAAUUGAAUGCAAUUUAACAAACAAUUUGAAGACAUUUAAACAUCAAUUGUAUUGUAAAUCACGUGUAAAUUGAUUGACAUUUAAUGUGUUUGUAUUGAUUGACAAACACAUUGUCAUUGAUCUCAACCAUCGCUGAUAUCAAUCAAACCAAAAAAAUUUGAUGUCUUUUACUGAAACAAUCGUUAAAAGCAAGUGUUAGUCAAACUGAUGCCAUCGGCGCCAACAUUGGGUGGCCAACAGGCCAAUGGUCAUCAUAAUCACAAUCAAAAUGGCCAAAACAGUUCACCGAAUCAUAUGAUGUCCAACGAUGAUGUCGGCAUACGUGACGUGUGGGCAUCCAAUUUGUUGGACGAGUUUAAAACGAUCCGCAAGAUUGUUGGGAAGUAUCCGUUUGUGGCGAUGGACACAGAGUUCCCGGGUGUAGUGGCCCGACCUAUUGGUGAAUUCAGGAGUACAUCCGACUAUCAAUACCAACUGUUACGUUGUAAUGUAGAUCUAUUGAAGAUUAUCCAAUUGGGACUGACUUUUUUAGACUCUAAGGGAGAGACACCUCCCGGUUACACGACCUGGCAGUUCAACUUCAAGUUUAAUCUGAAUGAAGAUAUGUUCGCACAGGACUCGAUUGAGUUGUUAACAAACUCUGGCAUUCAGUUUAAGAAACACGAAGACGAAGGUAUAGAUCCCUACGAUUUUGCCGAAUUACUCAUGAGUUCGGGUAUUGUGUUGUCGGAUAACGUGCGGUGGCUAUCAUUUCAUAGCGGUUAUGAUUUUGGUUACCUUUUAAAGAUAUUGACCGACCAGAACCUACCCUCACAAGAGUCACAGUUCUUUGAAUUAUUGCGGAUCUAUUUUCCAGUCAUUUAUGACGUCAAAUAUCUUAUGAAGAGCUGUAAAAAUCUUAAAGGAGGUCUACAAGAAGUGGCGGAUCAGCUGGAAUUAGAACGUAAAGGACCGCAACAUCAGGCGGGCAGUGAUAGUCUAUUGACAGGAGCGGCCUUUUUUAAAAUGCGAGAAAUGUUUUUCGAGGAUAAUAUAGAUGACGCCAAAUAUUGCGGACAUUUGUAUGGAUUAGGAACCGCUUUUGUGAUGAAUGGCAAUUAUGACGAGUCAAAUAACUCUUCAACAAUCACUCCGACCAACACAACGACACCUACCACUACAUCUGCAUAAAUAAGAUACAAACAUAAUAGUAGUGCCGAUUAUUGAUCAUUAAAAUAAUGA